AUGUUGGCUCCUUACAAUGGUGCUAACGAAGAAGAUUUGCGAGAAGCAUUACAUAAUCAAAAGGAAUUAUUUAAUAAAAUACUUAAACCAAAGGGAAAUGUUCUUUAUUAUCAACAAUCCAAUUUAUCAUCAUCAGAAACGAGUUCAGAACUUGAUAGCAAGUAUGACUUAAAUAGUGAUCGCGCACCAGUACUUGCAGUUGUAGCCAAAAAUGAUGCUAAAUUUGGUACACCAUUAGUAUUUAGAUUAUCUAAUAAAGAAAAUAACUGGAUAACUAGUAUUACGUUGAAAUCAUUGAAAAAUAAUAUACCAUACAAUGAUUCAAAUUGUGAACAUAAAUGA